AUGGGUGGUGAUCUGAAUCUGAAGAAGUCAUGGCACCCAUCGCUGCUGCGCAACCAAGAGCGCGUAUGGUCGGAAGAACAGAAAGCGCUCGAGGAGCGCAAGCGGAUCGACCAACUCCGCCGCGAACGUGAAGAAGAGCGCCAGAUUCAAGAGCUACAGCGCCUCCAAGAAGCAUCCGGCAAGCAGAAGACCCAGAAUCGCGUUGAUUGGAUGUACCAGGCACCCUCGAGCGCAACGGGCCAGUAUUCCGAAGAGAUGGAAGGUUAUUUGCUCGGAAAGCGACGGAUCGAUGGCAUUUUGCUGAAGAAGGACACCGAUAACAAAAAAUUGGAGAAGGGCGCAGAUCUUGUCGGUGCAAAUGCAGCUGCGGUUGCGGGGCCAUCUAUUGGCUCGGCGCGUGACACCAUGGCGAAGGUGAUGGCCGACCCGCUAUUCGAGGUUAAGAAGAGAGAGCAGGCGGCGUAUGAGGCCAUGGUCAAAGAGACCAUGAAGCGGAAGGAGAGAGAGGAGAGGCGAGGUGGGGAUCGGAACCGCGACCAUGGGAGGGAGCGGAGACAUCGGGACCAUGAUUCGAAUCGCAAACGGUAUAGCGGUGAGGUGGAGGAUGAUCCAAGACGUCCGUCUCAUCGUUCUUCACAUCGGCGUCGGUCCAGAUCGCCUGCUGAGGGAGAAAGAUCUUCACGCAGACACCGCAGCGAGAGGGAUCGUGACGACCGGGAUCGGAGAGACGAUAGAGAUCAUGAGCGAACCCGUGGUGAGAAUCGGGAUCGUCGAGGCGACGAUGGGCGAUCUCGCCGUGAUGACCGGGACCGAGACCGUGAUCAAGGUCGCCGCGAGUACCGAGAGAGAAGAGAUUCAUACCCCAGCCGCCCCAAUGACCGAGACGACAGACGAGAUCGUGGCCGUAAGCCCGACAACGAUACCGACCGUGCCCGGUCUCCUCGACGCGCCUCUCCCCGUCGACGCAGCCCUUCGCCACGCCCGACCCAAGAUCGCAAUGGCCGCUCCCAUGAUCAAGAUAGCCGUCGGGACUAUCCUCGACGCAACGACAACUUCAAUACCAGGCGUGAGAACUUUGGCCGACCGCCUCGUCCUGCACAGCCCAAACCUGAUCCCAAAGCCCUUGAGGAGGAGCGUGCUCGCAAGCUAGCAGAGAUGCAAUCCAAUGCCACCGAGCUGGAAUCAGACCGGCAACAGCGUAUCGCCGAUAUCGACAAGAAGGAAGAGACGCAGAGGGAAGCCGAUGAUCGACAGCGAUCUGACCGUGGUGCAUUCAUGUCGCAAGUACACAAGCGUGUGCAGGAGGAUAGUCUCGACGAGCGAAUCCGUCGCAGUCGUGGUGGUUUGUCGAAGAUGGAUGAAGAGUGA